AUGUCAAAACCAUAUCAACCACUAACUCAGAAAUUUAUCUGCUCUACUUGUUGUGUUCAAUUUGAUACUUCGGAGGAUCGUAACACACAUUAUAAAAGUGAUUAUCACGUCUUUAAUUUGAAGAGAAAGGCGGUCUUGUUAGACCCAAUUUCUCAGUCUAAAUUUGCGGAGUUAACAAAGAAGGACACAGCCACUCCAACAGAGGUCUUCACAUACUACUGCUCGGCGUGCAAAAAGAGGUACCAAACUGAAAACCAGAUGAAGGAGCACGAAAACUCGAAGAAACACAAAGCGAACCUUAAAAAGAAAGAAAACCCUACCACCGUGAUUAAGAAGGAAAAAGUCGAGCAAGAGGACGAGGACCCAUACGCUGACCUUCCUGAACAAACGAUAGAUGAGAUGAUUCAAGAACGUAAGUCCUUAGCGCCGAAGAUGACGUCCAAGAACUGUUUGUUCUGUGACUUAGAGAGUGAGAGUCCAGAGAAGAACUUAGAGCAUAUGGAUGUCGAGCACAACUUCUUAAUUCCAAAUGUCGAGUGUUGUUGUGACAUCAAUGGACUGAUUCAAUAUCUCCACGAGAAGAUAUGUAUUGGGUAUUUGUGUAUUUGGUGUUCACACGAGACGUCGAGCUUCCAGUCAUAUCAAGCUGUUCGCGAGCACAUGAUUAACGCUUGUCAUUGCAAGAUGUUGUAUGAAACAAAGAACAUAGAGGAAUAUGACGACUACUACGAAUACAUUGAAGACCCCAAUCAAGUCCAAAUCAUAUCAGUGGAUGACACUACUAUGGAGUUAUCUAAUGGACUCGUCAUUGGUCAUCGUAGUUUGGCUAAGUAUUAUAAUCAGAACAUUCGACCCGUCGAGACACGUGAAUGCGUGUUGGCUAACAAAGGAAAGAACGUCCCUAUAUUACCGGGUGGUGCUAAAAAUUUGAAUAUCCCAAAUGCUCAAGCACUCAUGAAAAUGCCAGAAAAGACCUACGUCGACUACGUCAAGAAUGUCCUGAGAAAGCAACUCGUCACUAAGAAAAUCAGAAGGACAAACAGGAGAUACUCAGAAAGUGGACUAAACUUGGAGUACACUCAAAUAUGCUCUUUAAACCGUGCAGUCAAACAAACGUUUAAUGAGCUAAAACUCCACUAUUGA